UAAAAUUGAUAGCUUUGGUUGUUAAUGGGUUAAUAUCGACAAUGUAAAAAUUAUAAUUACCGUUAAAUGUUGCUCGUCAAUAUCGUUCAAAUUUCACAUUUUUUUAGUAGCUAUAGCCUUAUUAAAGAAUAUGCAAGAGUAUAAUUCCCACUUCAAAAUUUACCCACCUACUCAUGAAAUCUAUUUGUUUAAAGAUUAAGUUGCAGCCAACUGAAACGUGUGUUUCUCCUGCCCACGCAGUAGAUUUAGAACAAAAUAAGUGGGUUGCAGCAACAGUGUCGCCUGCAGGCGUAUUAAUACUAGAUCCACAUGAAAAUGAUGUUAUUGUCGACGUAGACCCAGGCGUGGACAAUAAUCACGCGUGGGAAGAAUUUUCCCUGGAUCACCAGGAUCACUUACCUGCCAAAAGGCAAAAAUUGCUAAGUGAAGCGUCUGGCUCAGGAAGGGAAAACACGCAACCUGAAAUUCCCGAGUCUGAAAGCUGCCAUCGGAGUUCAAGGCCGACUGAUAGGCAACAGUCUGCGUCGGUAUCAGGCUUCUUUGAAGAACCGCCACUUUUCCCGAACGGUCUGCGAGCACACCUUGCAACCAACUUAGAAGGCCGACUUGCCUUAAGAUCGGAUGUAAACUUGGACCACACUUCCCGCACCCAUUUGGUAAGAUCUGUGGUCAAGUAUCUGUUCAAAUACUUCUCAUGUAAGAACAAGUAA